GUAUAAACGUAAAAAAUGCAUCAACAGAAAAUUUCCACUCCAAAUGUCAAACAGCAACAACAACAACAGCCUAAUUGUUCUUAAUUUGUCACAUGGCUUUAAAAGCUGUGUUUUGGUGGGAGUGGCUUCGUGUGUUUGGGGCGUGGCCGAGCCUGUUCACACAUUUGCCUUGUUCAUCAGCAGGACAGGCAGAGCCCAGGGCUGAACGGGGAUACUCAGUGUACUACAGUGUACUACGGCGUACUACAUAAUUGCAGCAUCUGUGGAGUGGAGUGUUUGCGCUCGUGCGUGUUUUCCUGACAGCAGACGAGCUCGCGCUCCGCUGCUUCCUGCGUCUGACGAGUUGUCCAAGUUGGAAAGAGAAACUUCUGCGCGCGCGGAGCAGCCUCGGAGUUUGCGUGGUCUUUUUUUGUGAUCGUUCUGCUGCUCCAGGAAAAGGGGAAGGAGGAGGACCCGCGCCGCCGCCGGUCUCGUGUCUUCUUUGUAUCCAGCAGCAGCUGUGUGUAAAUGCAUGGGCGCACCGCGUCUGCAGCUCUGUGAAGGACAGCAUCCUGGACUCCGUCCAACCGUCCUGUAGGCUUCCUCCAGAAAUGAAGCGGCUGAGCGAGGUGUAAGGAAGGAAUAGCGAGAGUUUACCUGUCCUCCCCGCUGCCUCUGUGUCCUCCCCCAACAAAGCGUGGGUCAGAUUCCCCGCCGCUCAUCCACCCAUCCAUCCAUCCUUCUCCGAGCGCUUGGAUUGUAAGUGUUCGGGCUACAACUCCAGCUGCGCGCCAUGGAUGUAAGGUUUUAUCCGUCUGCUGGGGGGAAUUCUAUUCCAGGAGACCCAGCAAACUUGGAUUUUGCCCAUUGUUUGGGCUACUACAACUUCAACAAGUUCCAGAAUAACAACAAUUACAUGAACAUGGCCGAGGCGAACGGCGCGCUGCUCGCUGCUGGGGAUACUUUCCAUACGCCCAGCUUGGGAGAUGAAGAGUUUGAGAUUCCUCCCAUCACGCCUCCACCUGAGACAGAGCACGGUCUGGGACCAGAAGUGGACUCACCGUUCCCGCAGAUGCCAGAGCCCCCAGCUCUGCACAGGGGUCCCAUGAUACCCCAGUUCCCCCCACAGAGCCUGGAUCUGCCCUCAAUUACCAUCUCCCGCAACAUGAUUGACCAAGAAGGGAUGUCUGUCAACACUGGCCAUCCUGUGAAUAUUGGACGUGGACAUCUCCAUCAAUACCCAUCCAAUCCAUCCAUGGUGAUGAAGUCAAUCAUAAGCAUGAACAGCCCAAAUGCUAUGAUGUCACGGAAUCAGAUGUCUGCCAUCAACCAGUCCCAGCUCAACGCUUCAGUGGGCCUGAACAUGGCAGGACCCAACAUUGCUCACACCUCGCCCUCACCUCCCGCCAGCAAGUCGGCCACGCCCUCUCCUUCCAGCUCCAUCAAUGAAGACGAGCAAGAUGAUGGCAACAGGGUGGUUGGAGAGAAGCGACCAGCCCCAGUAGAUCCAACCAAGAAACCCAAGACUCCUAAGAAGAAAAAGAAGAAGGACCCCAAUGAGCCUCAGAAGCCGGUGUCGGCGUAUGCUUUGUUUUUUAGAGACACUCAGGCUGCUAUCAAGGGUCAAAACCCUAACGCUACUUUUGGGGAAGUCUCCAAGAUUGUAGCGUCUAUGUGGGACGGCCUAGGAGAGGAACAGAAACAGGUUUAUAAAAGCAAAACUGAAGCUGCCAAGAAAGAAUAUUUAAAAGCUCUGGCUGCAUACCGUGCCAGUCUGGUAUCUAAGGCUGCAGCAGAGUCCGCUGAGGCCCAGACUAUUCGAACAGUCCAGCAAACCCUGGCCUCCACCAGCCUGUCUCCUGGCCUUGUGCUGCCUUCGCCCCUCAACCAGCACCCUUCCAUGCCAUCAGCUGCCCAGGCAUUGCAACAGGCCCUGCCACGAGCCAUCGCCCCCAAACCACUGCAGAUGAGACUAGGGGGCAGCCAGAUCGUGACUUCGGUUACGGUCUCCCACCAGAAUAUGUCCCCCGGGAUGCCGCCGCAGCUGUUGGGCCAGAUGGGUUCUGGAGGGUCCAUAAUGGCGAGUGCCCAGUCCACAGGGGUGUCUCAGAUGAGUCCACCCAUGCAACCGGUGCAGCAGCAUGCCAUGCAGCAGCUUCAGCAGCAACAGCAGAUGCAACAGCACCUCCAGCACCAUCAGAUGCAGCAGCAGCAGAUGCAUCACCAGCAGAUCCAGCAGCAGAUGCAGCAUCAGCAUUUCCAGCACCAUCUCCAGCAACAGCUGCAGCAGCACCACAUGCAGCAGCAGCAGCAGCAGCA